AACAAACAACAACAACAAAACAGCCAGAAGGUGAACCUUGGUCUCUUUGGUUUUUACAGUUAGAAUGUCUUUGAUCACUAGUGCAUUUUGAACUUGAAAUCUGGCUAUUAGAAUUUGGAGCUAGCCUUGGUUUCUCUCAACCUCAGUUUGUUCAAAUUACACACAAUAUUAAUCAAUAUUAGCCCCAUGGACUAUUGAAAAUGAAGGAAUGUACAUAAAGGGUCAAGUAUAGUGCAAGGCAUACAGGCAGUGGAGCCACUGUUUAUGGGCUCAGAUGCUCGCACAGGGAAGUGUUCUUCCUUUGCAGUUCCGGUGAUAUGAGGCAGAACCCCGUGAGCAUUGCUGCAUGUGUGUUUGUCGGUCAUCUCCCAACGACUGUUGAAACCCACAGCAGAUCACCUCAUUGACGGGUUCAGCACGUUGGGUUCUCCGCCUGCCAUCCUAUGUCACUGACAUUUAGGUCUCCUGGGAGGAGUAAGCCUGAUGCGUCCCUCAACCUCCUAAGAACCCGUCUCUUCAGGAUUCGCUGUCUUUUUCUUCUUCCAGAGAGAACUAUUUGUCCUGUCCUGCCUAAGACACAAUGAGUUUCAGCAGUCAGCUAGAAUUAUUCCUUAACCAUUUUUGUUUGUUUGUUGUUUGAGAUCCGGUCUCUUUAUGUAGCCGAGUUUGAAAGUUCCUCCAGCCUGGGCCUCCUGAGCAUGAGCUUGUUUUUCACUUCCUAGUUGUUAUUUACACUUUCUCGUGUUGGUCUUGGGGCAGAUGCCUCCAGGUGUUAGCGGAAGGCCCAGGACACACUCAGAUUAUGAUUGGCUUCAUAAGAAUGGGGCUUGGAGGGUGCUGAGACUAGGGGGAGCUUUCUGUUUUCUUUUGUUCUCCUUUGUUUUUAAUCUUGAUGAUCCUCUAAGUUACACAGUGGCAAUAUUCUUCUUAGCACAAUUGGAGAAGCAAAUGCCUACAGCUAAGCAAUAUGCCCUUUAAUGAACUUUUUCUAUCUACAAAGUAGACAUUUACUAAAUGUAACUCCAGUUCUAUUUAGCACCAGUGUGCUUGGUAGGAGGGAGACAGAACCGGGACAGUCGGGAAAGGCAGGAUGAUCCCCCACUGGUAACAUCCCGGAGAACCUCGGACUUGCACGAGAGUGAAGACCUUUUAUAAUUUCCUCCUUGCAUUUGGUCUCCUGGCAGCUGUCAUUUUCUUCAUACCCAGCCUAUCCACUGCCUUAAUCUCUGGAUGGCUCUGCUCUCUCCCUACUUGUCUGCACCUCCCGGCUAGGCUGGCUUUCCACACAAAAAGAAAACACAGUUUAUCUCUUGAGGACCUCUGACCUGACAGCUUGGAGGCAUAAAGGUUACCAGCCGUGUAAAUGAGUAUGGAAGAUUAUGAUUUCCUGUUCAAAAUUGUUUUAAUUGGCAACGCUGGAGUGGGAAAGACGUGCCUAGUUCGAAGAUUCACUCAGGGUCUUUUCCCCCCAGGUCAAGGAGCCACAAUUGGAGUUGAUUUUAUGAUUAAGACAGUGGAGAUUAAUGGUGAAAAAGUAAAGUUACAGAUCUGGGACACUGCAGGUCAAGAGAGAUUUCGUUCAAUCACCCAAAGUUAUUACCGAAGCGCCAAUGCCUUGAUCCUUACCUAUGACAUCACCUGUGAGGAGUCCUUCCGUUGCCUUCCUGAGUGGUUGCGAGAGAUAGAACAGUAUGCUAGCAAUAAGGUCAUCACUGUGUUAGUGGGCAACAAGAUCGACCUGGCUGAAAGGAGAGAGGUCUCCCAGCAGAGGGCAGAGGAAUUCUCAGAGGCUCAGGACAUGUAUUACCUGGAGACUUCAGCCAAGGAAUCCGAUAAUGUGGAGAAACUCUUCCUUGACUUAGCAUGCCGACUCAUCAGUGAAGCAAGACAGAACACACUGGUGAACAAUGUAUCUUCACCCUUACCCGGAGAGGGGAAAAGCAUCAGCUAUUUGACUUGUUGUAAUUUCAACUAAAGGCUGAGGCAAAGAGAAUCAAAGGGAAUCAGUAGUUGCCUUGGUGGGCCGUAUGUUGCUAGGGAAUCUGGCAAUGACUAUGGCUCCUGCUCUUGGACCUUCUGACUCCUGUAGGCUCCAGAGCUUACAAAGCAUGCAGGCCAAGGGCCUCGACUGCAGGCCAGCAUUAGCAGAACACAUAAUGGUUUCAGCCUUUUGCAGUCUGGCAUUGGAGCAAGGAGAAAAUUGCACUAAAUGCUCCAUGAUCUGCAGAGCAUGUUGCUUUUGUUUUUUAAAAAGCAAGUAAAAAUGCAUUCCUGAACACAGUGCAGGGGAUCAUGUACUGUAGGAAUCCCUCCUGUGUUUCAGCGGGUGCAUGAGGGGGCUGUUCUCUAGGCUUCAGUGGGAAUCUGGUGCCCAUGGUUUUCUUGUCUACCAGGUAAACCAAAACUGGAAAGGCCCAGUUCUGUCUCUGUGGUACUUAUUGACAACCCCAUGGAGAUUUUGAAAAGUGUUAUUUCUUUUGUCCAUAAGCACUUUCAAAACUUUUGGGAUGUAAAAACAAAAACUCUUCUCAUGACCAACAGUAAAAAUUAUUGUCUAAUAACAUAUACAAGCUCCAUGACUCCUUUUGGUGCUAAUGAUUAUGGUAUUUCACAGACCAAACGUUUUACUACAUUGAUAUUGAUACCCUUAGGUGUAUUACCUAGAAAUAAAAAGAAAAUGGGGGAAAUCCAUGAAUCAGCAAUCUUUUUCAAGCUUCAUUACCACCUUUUCUAGGAUGGGUUUGCACAUGAGAAUCCUUUUUCUUUCAUAUUCUCCUUGAAAUUUCUUAACUUUUUCCUAUUCUUUCAAACACCUUUCCUGCCCUUUAAGGAAAUCGAAGUCUGAAAAAAAUGGGGAAAAAUACAAUGGAUGAUGACAUUAAAAUAAAAAGAUUAGUUGUGAGACAUUUUGAGUAGCAUGAGAAAACAGAGCAGAUAUGACCAAAAUACUGUGGAAUACGGACUGACUACAGAGCAGGGUUCCAGACAGAGCACAGUCCUUCCCAACAAGUCAUGCCUUCUCCAUUCUGGAACUGUCCUUGGCUAGACCAAGGUUUAGGAUUUUGUAGACACUUUUAGUAUGAUAAGCGAGAAUAGCAACAGAUGAAAAGUUUCACAAACCAUUUUGUAUCUUCAAGAAACUUAGGGAAGGCCUGCUUGGGAAGCAAGCCGUGUUGUCAUUUACCAUCUUAUAUUAAUGUUGAUCUCAGAUUCAUGACAACGCAUUCUUUUCCCUUUCCACUCCCUCUUCUUCCUUCCCAUCCUGGUGUGCAUGUGUUCCCACAAAUCUCCAAUUCAAAUGGAGGUGUAUAUGCCUUUACUUAGCCAAUUUCAAAACAGGUCUCAGAUUGGAAGAUGUGCUGCUGAAUGGGUUCCUGUUUCUUCAGUGCCAUGAUUUGAUACCUUCCAAUUUGUUCAUGCUCAUGAAUGCUAAUUGUGAUAGCAAUUAAGUCUGUACGCUGUUGGCGCCGUCAGGUAUUUCUGGGCUUGCUGUAUAGCAUAACUGAGUGAUGAAUCACUGAAUGAGGAUAUGACAUGUAAUUCCACUGUUGGUAUUGAUGGUGACAAUCUUGGACCUGACACGACACUCUUGGAAAGCUACUGAAUUGUAAAGCAGUGAGUCAACACAGCAGGCUAUUGGUAAUACAUUCCUAGCGUUUAUCUAGCAGAUUCCAUAAUGUCCAAUCUCUUUCACAUGGGACUGUGUGUAUUAUUACCCAUCAUUGGUAUUGUAACUUGCUCACUAUGCUUUCCUUGAUUCUAUAAGAAAGAGAAAGGCGUGCCAAAAGUUUGCACCGCUUUUCCUUUAUACAGGGAGAAAAAUCACUUGAAUUGAAAAUCAAAAUCAUUUAUCAUUACCUUGACUUCUCUAUUAAGCCAACAACUAAAGGCAUCAAAAGAUAAACUAAUCAAGGUUACAGAAGAAUUUAUCUUUCUACUGUGAGAGAAUGUCCCUAAAUUUAGAUUUAUUACUUUUCUUUACCAAAAAAUUCUGAUCUCCUCAGCAUAUGAUGACUCAGCCUUGUCUCACAGCACUGUUAAAAAUAAUGUUGCUUUGUGAACUUUAAGGGCUUUGUUAGAAUGGACUAAUUUAGUUCCAGAAUAACAGUUUCUGGGGUCAUGUUUAUGUUAUGUUAUUCUUAUUUCUUAAGUGUAUAGCCCUCCAGGUUCAGAAGCACCUCAGGAGCUCUAUCCAGGUCCCUCUUCCCCUGGGUCUCUGAGACAUUCAGGAGAUCACAGUCAUCAGUCCUUGGCCCGUUAGUGUGGACACCUGAGAAGCUGGACCCUUACCUUCCACAGUUCUAUGACUUUCAGAUUAGGCCUUUUGGAUAUUUGUCCAGUGAUGUGUCUCAAAUUUGAGAAUAAUCUUUGACAAUAUUAUAGGUGCAAUAAAUACCAGUUUAAUAAAGGAUUCAUUGCCAAGA